AUGUCAUCAGUGUGUGCCUAUCCCGUGUCCGGUAACUAUGGCAUCGCCCCUCAAAACCUUUACCUUUCCCUCCUACUCCUCGGCACAGUAUGGCAUAGAAAGGCCUGGUUCGCCGAAGCUAUGCUGGGUGGUGCUAUGGUCUACAGCUCCGUAGCCGCCGUCCACGCCCUGUCCACAAUCCAUUUCGAUCCACCGCCAAUAGCCGAACUCGAUGCCAUUCCCAUCUACGGUGUCAUCUACUUUGCUCUCUGCGUGUCUCCAUGGGUUCUUAUCCGGUCACAAAACUUUAGGAGAGAGUUCCUCGGUACUCGCGCGGUCGUGUUCUCGUGGAUGGUAGUUAUCAUGGUGGGUGGUUUCGCGGCGGCGUUGAAUGUCCGGUUCUUGCCCCGGGCAUUACCGGAUUGCGACCCGGACUACACAGGACGAUUGAGGAUCGGGCAGCAGACGACGCAGACGACGUUUCCAGUCUCGAUGUCGAGAUUUAUACGGCUGCAGCGGUAUGCGGCCGUGGGUCCGUUGGUGCUGGUGCCGAUUACGAUCUUUCUCAGUGAGCUGCGGAGACACCAGAAGGCGAACCGGAAUUUCUUGAGGAGGAUAUGCGAAUCUUGUUGCGGGUGUCUGAUGGUUAGUGAAGGGUGGGUGCUUAUUUUGACAAUCAUCAUUCAGUUUGUUUGUGCCUUGUGGGGAGCGUAUGUGCUGUACGUGACGCAGGUCGCAAUGUGGCGAGUUCCGAGGGGGGAGAGGAUGGAUGCAGUGGGGCAGUGGGGGCCGUUUGUGGGGACGGCGUUUGUGGUCAUGGCUGCGGUUGUGGUGCGGUACGGAGAUGAAAUGUCGUGUCGCUGGAGGGAGGUGAAGUGA